GAUGAUGGAGGCUCAUCUUAGCAGAGACAAAGCUAUCAAGGCUUGUAUAGCUCAAACAUCAGAGGUGGUGGGACAGCUGCGUGAGCAAAGAGCAAAAGACAAUGAAAACAUGGCACUAAUCAAACAGCUCAGGAAGGAGCAAACCAAAUUAAAGUUGAUGCAGUCAGAGCUGAACGUUGAAGAAGUUGUAAAUGACAGAAGUCUGAAGGUUUUCAACGAAAGGUGCAGAAUCCACUACACGCCUCCGAAGGUGAAAUGAAGUCCUGCUUCAUGAAAGGAGCUCUUUCACU